AUGAAAAGUAAAUAAGAUAACUAAUAUCAUGAUAAUUUUAGAAUUAAAAAUGCUGUUGGAAAUUUGAUAAAUUAACUCAGAUUUGGAUUUUUCAUUACAUAUCUCAAUAAAAGCUAUUUGAAAUUAAUGAUUAGUGGUUUUAUUCCAUUUUAAUUGUUUGUUUACAAUGGUCAAGUAGAAGGAAAAUCAUUAGCUAUUUCAGCAAUUAUAAUUAUCCUUACAAUUUUACUACCUGCAAUUAUUUAUAUGGGUCUGAAGGAAAACAAAUCAAAUUUAGAUCAGGAAAUAUUCAAGUUCAUGCUAGUUUAGCUCUGA